UUGCGAUUUCCUCGAGAAUUCUUAAUAGAUAAGAUGAGCCGGUUGUGCUCAUAUGGGAUCAUAAUCAAUCAUUGAUUUUAGUUACAAUUGAGUCUUCGUUGGGUGCAGCUGCACAGUAGAAAAUAUAAAAUGACCAGCUGGAAUUUGUCUCUGACUUUUUUGUGUUACAUUGGCCUGGCUAGAAUAAGUGGCAUUCACAGUGCAACUUCAUUGACUGUUGUAGUUGGUGGCAAUGCAGCCCUUCCAAAACAGUUUCCCAUGGCCGCUCGACUGGGUCAUCACAGCUCCAGUGGGAAUCAAACCAAGUGGUUUUGUGGAGGCACCUUGAUAAGUCACCAGGUGGUUCUAACGGCUGCUCACUGCUUUUACUCAGAUGUUGGAAUUGUGAACAUUGUGCGACUUGGCGAACUAGUUUUCGACACCGAGAAGGACGAUGCCGAACCAGAGGACAUUGAAGUUCUGGAAAUAAAGGCUCAUCCUAACUUUCGGUACCCCAUUUUCUACAACGAUAUUGGCCUCGUUCGUUUGCGCAAACAGGUAACCUUUGGACCUUACAAGAUGCCAGCCUGCCUGCCUUCGAAUGGCGGAGAGCAGCUAAAAUCCUUCACUGCCAUCGGAUGGGGUCAGCAGAGAUUCGACGAAUUCGAACCCUCCAAGGAGCUGAGGGAGGUGGAGCUGCAAAACUAUAAUCGCUCUUGUAGCGACACAACCUAUCCGAGCGAGGAUUGUCCCCAAGGAUACCAUGCCGAGAGCCAGUUGUGCGUGGGGUCCCCGGGGCAUAAGGACACGUGUAAUGGGGAUUCGGGUGGCCCGCUGCUAAUUGCCCAUACCGGAACUGGAUGCCGAUACCAAGUCAUGGGCGUCACGUCCGUUGGACUCGCAUGUGAUACUCCAGAUAUUCCCAGUUUGUACACCAGGGUGCACUACUUUGGGGAUUGGAUAAAAGCAGAGUUGGCAACUACUGAACGCAGCUAAGAAUUUGAAGUUUUUAGUUUUAAAUACGAUUUUCAGAUAAUUACAAAGGGUUGUUUCUCUGAACUUUAUUUACAUGUUCAGGUGGUCUUAAUUCCCACUUAUCAAUAAAAAUGUGGGCAGUUAGAUUCUGGUUCUGACAGAUCUGGUUUCCAGACUUGCGCAGAUAAUAAAAAGAAACUAAAGAUA